AUGGAGACGACCCUCCCGUUGCCGUUUCUGGUCAGUGUAGCUGGUUCUGAGGGACAAGCUGCCGACAAUGGCCUCACUCCUCAGGAGGUCGCUCUUCUUGGAGCUCCUUUCUAUGAGACAGCUUCCAAGGAUUGGGGCCGUCCCGUCGCCGGAACCAUUGUCCACAUGGACGCUACGAGCCUGAGCAGCCCUGACGACGUGGUUGCCCUCCUCGAUGGCGGGGUACGAAAAGUGUUUGUCCCCUCCGAGAACGUUUCCCAGUACACAGAGUUUGGCGCGAGAGUUAUCCCGACUGUGUGUAACCUUGACCUUUCCGCGGCUACGGAAAGUGGUCUACUGAUCAAGGAUUUCGAUACUUCAUCGAGCGAGCUCGGCAAGUUCAUCGAGGAAGCCAGUGCCAGAAAGAUCAAGAACCUCUUCCUCAAGCCAACACCGGACACUGCCCUGGAGAAUUUUGUUGAGGUGGCUAAGAAAUGCAACGCCAUCCCGAUUCUUCCCUCUACUGGUCUCACAACCGACAAAAAUGACUCGACAAGACUGGUUUUGUCCAAAGUGAUUGCGUCAUACUGGAAGUCUGAUCGACCUGACGGCCUUAUCCCCACUGUGGUCACCGAUGAUGCUGGAAUUGCCUUGGGUCUUGCCUACACGAGCGAGGAGAGCAUUCUUGAGGCUUUGCGCACUCAGGCUGGAGUGUAUCAGAGCCGGAAACGGGGACUUUGGGUCAAGGGACUCACCUCUGGCGACACUCAGGAGUUGCUGCGGAUCGGCCUUGACUGUGACAAUGACACUCUGAAGUUUGUUGUCAACCAGAAGGGUCGUUUCUGCCACCUUCAGCAGUUUGGAUGCUUCGGUGAUCUCAAUGGUAUUGCUGCGCUGGAGCAGACUCUCAAGUCUCGGAAACAGUCUGCCCCUGCCGGGUCUUAUACUGCUCGUUUGUUCUCCGACGAGAAGCUACUUCGAGCCAAGAUCAUGGAGGAGGCCGAGGAGCUCUGCGACGGCACAACCAAGGAGAACAUUGCCUUUGAAGCUGCCGACCUCAUCUACUUCGCCCUGACCAAGGCCGUUGGCGCCGGCGUCAGCCUGGCUGAUAUCGAGGCAAACCUCGAUGCCAAGAGCCUUAAGGUGAAGAGGAGAGCUGGCAAUGCUAAGGGUAAGUGGGCCGAAAAGGAAGGCAUCAAGACUGAGGCCGCCCCUGCGAAGCCUACACCUCCACCUGCCGAGAAGCCUGUCGAUGGUCGUAUCGAGAUGGAGAGAAUCGACGCUUCCAAGAUUUCUGAGGCUGAGCUCAUCGAGAAGUUGAAGCGCCCCUCUCAGAAGUCUCCUGACGCCAUUCUCAAGAUCAUCAAGCCCAUCAUUGAGGAGGUGCGGGCUGGUGGUGACAAGGCGGUGCUCUCAUAUACCCACAAGUUUGAGAAGGCAACUUCUUUGACGUCGCCUGUCCUCAAGGCUCCCUUCCCCAAGGAGCUGAUGGAUAUUUCCCCUGAGACUAUCAAGGCGAUCGAUAUUUCUUUCGAGAACAUCCGACGAUUCCACUCUGCCCAGAAUGAGGAGAAGACUCUACAGGUCGAGACUAUGCCAGGCGUUGUAUGCAGCCGUUUCUCUAGACCCAUUGAGAGAGUUGGCCUAUACAUUCCCGGUGGAACCGCUGUCCUGCCCAGCACUGCACUCAUGCUCGGUGUGCCCGCUAUGGUGGCUGGCUGCAAGAAGAUUGUCUUUGCCUCACCCCCUCGAUCAGACGGCCGGAUCACCCCCGAGAUUGUCUACGUCGCCCACAAGGUUGGUGCUGAGAGCAUCGUCUUGGCUGGAGGUGCCCAGGCUGUUGCUGCCUUGGCUUAUGGCACUGAGAGCGUCACCAAGGUGGACAAGAUCCUGGGGCCCGGCAACCAGUUUGUGACGGCAGCCAAGAUGCACGUUAGCAACGACACCAACGCCGGCGUGGGCAUCGAUAUGCCUGCUGGCCCAUCCGAGGUUCUUGUGGUUGCUGACAAGGACGCCAACCCUGCCUUCGUAGCCUCUGACCUGCUCUCUCAGGCCGAGCACGGCGUUGACAGUCAGGUCAUUCUGCUUGCUGUCGACUUGAACGAGGAGCAGCUCAAGGCUAUCGAGGAUGAGGUUCAUAAGCAAGCUCUGGCCCUCCCCCGAGUUGACAUUGUUCGUGGCUCCAUUGCCCACUCUGUUACCGUCCAGGUCAAGGAUGUUGAGGAGGCUAUGCGUAUUAGCAACGAGUACGCCCCUGAGCACCUGAUUCUGCAGCUCAAGGAUGCCGAGAAGGUGGUCGACCAGGUUAUGAACGCUGGCAGUGUGUUUGUUGGUGCCUGGACCCCUGAAAGUGUUGGCGACUACUCUGCUGGUGUCAACCACUCGCUGCCUACUUAUGGCUUUGCCAAGCAGUACUCCGGCGUCAACCUGGGCUCGUUCCAGAAGCACAUCACCAGCUCCAACCUUACCGCCGAAGGACUCAAGAACGUUGGCUCUGCUGUCAUGCAGCUGGCCAAGGUUGAGGAGCUUGAGGCUCACAGACGGGCUGUCGAGAUCCGUAUCGAGCACAUGAACCGACAGUAG